UUCACCUGGCAGUUCAAUCUACAAUCGCGGCCAAGGAGGUUCCGCGGUCGGACGCCUCUUUAUUCUAACCGGGACUUAGCGCGCGCGAUAACAGAAGAAAAAGAGCAACAAACUCUCAUCACUUACUAAAAAUUUCCACCAAAAUUUAUUUUUUUUCAAAAAUGAAACUACCAAAAAUCGAAAUUAAUCAAUGAACAACAAAAAAUUUACACUGGAUUUACGAAUGGCGGGAGAAAGUACGAGAAAUUGUGGAUAAAAAAUUACUAUAAUAUCAAAAUAUCAAGAAAAAAAUUAUGUCGUUUUGAAAAUAAUUUUAAAAAAAAAAAAUCGUGAAUGUAUUGUGUGCUUUUAUAAAUGAUCUGGAAAAAAAAUUGUCCCCUUUAGUGUGCUAGUUUUUUUCUUCGUACCUUUAACAAUCACCUGCAACUUUCGUCUCUCGCGAAACGUUUUUUUUUUUAUUUUUAUUUACCCGGCAUCGUUCGAUCUCGCCGGAGAAAUUCGGGUGAACGCAUCCGCAGCGUUUCUGCCUGUUUAAAAAAAGCGAAGAGCGAACCGAGUGUUCACCUUAUAAUUUCGCAGUCUACCGGUAAACAUUGACAGGAAUCACGUGGCCCACCUGUUAACUGUGUCCGCGAAGCACAUAAAAAAGUGUUGAAAUAUUCUUUAAAAAAAAAAAAAAAAAAUACAAAGAAGUUUGAACUCUCCAACAUGGAUACAAUUGUCGAGAAGAUGGGCAAACUAAAUUUGAGAAUUCCGAAUAUCUCAAGUUGCCCUGUCAAGAGUCCACAACCUCUAAAGGAAUUUGUUGGCCGCUGUCAAACAAUGCCUUCUCGAGUUAAAAAGUCUUUUUGUGGAUGCUUACAGGAUGAUGAACCGCCGGAAAUCACCUACUGUGUUGUGGAGCAGACGGGCACACUCACGCUUCAAGCGAUGACACCAACUUUGCCAAUGCCAGCCGAAGAGGAAUUGAACAAGAUGUUUUUGGAGCUUGUUGAUGAACUGGACCUAACCCAAGCAAACAGACAAGCCGUACUUGCACUUCCGGCAAAUAAGAAGUGGCAGAUCUACUGUUCCAGAAAGAGUAACGGCACCCUUGAAAACGGAGGAAUGCGAACCACUGACCUCAGCGGUGAUCCCGAAGAUUACAUCGAAAGAGUCAGAAUUAUAGCGAGUGCACCAUUUCCAGAGGAAGGCGAAGAAAUUUCAAAUCAAAUGCGACAAGUGGAAGCCCUAAAAACUGCCCUGAGAACUCAACCUCACAGUUUUGUUCUUAGAUUCAUAGAAUUAGAUGGUUUAAAUUCACUCUUACAAGUUUUGGGAACAAUGGACCCGGAAGCUGGAAACAGUAAUCUUCAUACUAGCGUAAUAGGAUGUCUAAAAGCCUUGAUGAACAACUCGAAUGGAAGAGCACACGUUUUAGCUCAUCCAACAGCCAUCAAUACAAUUUCCCAGUCGCUGGCGACUGAAAAUAUCAAGACAAAAAUUGCAGUUCUCGAAAUUCUCGGCGCUGUUUGUCUCGUACCUGGUGGUCAUCGAAAAGUUCUCGAGGCAAUGCUUCAUUUUCAACAAUAUCACUCGGAGAGGGCAAGAUUUCAAAGUAUUAUCAACGAUUUGGACAAGAAUUUUGGAAUCUAUAAAGAUAAUUUAUCGCUGAAAACGGCAAUAAUGUCGUUUAUCAAUGCAGUGCUGAAUUAUGGUCCGGGACAAGUGACCUUAGAAUUUCGAUUACAUCUAAGAUACGAAUUGCUGAUGCUGGGAAUUCAGCCAAUUAUUGAAAAACUUAGAAAAUAUGAAAAUGAAACACUAGAUAGGCAUUUAGAUUUUUUUGAAAUGGUGAGAAAUGAAGAUGAAAAAGAAUUGGCGAGAAAAUUUGAAAAGGAGCAUCUUGAUACAAAAAGUGCCACUGCCAUGUUUGAUCUCUUGAGACGAAAAUUGAGUCACACUGCUGCUUAUCCUCAUCUAUUGAGUUUAUUGGAGCAUUGUAUUCUACUACCUUUGGACUAUGGUUCCUAUCCACAGCAUUGGCUCCUAUUCGACAGAAUAGUACAACAAAUUGUUCUUCAAUCGGAAGGAAGCGAAGCGGGUACCACGAGAAAUCCCGAUGUGGCCCCAAUUGAAAUUAACGUUAAGGAAAUCGUUCACCUUCUCGCUAAAGAAGAGGAACUUGUCGCAGCACGAAAAAAAGCUGAGGAAUUGGAGCGAGAAAAUUCCGAAAUGUCUUCAAGACUCGCGAAAAAAGAGCAGGAACUAGAUAUCAGAACACAGGAAAAAGAAGAUAUGGAGGCGAGUUUAGCGAGAGUUAAAGAGCGCCUAGAGAAGGAGACGUCAAUGCAUAUCGAGACAAAGCAGAGAAUUUCAGAAUUACAGGAUAGCAUGGAAGCACUUUCGCGUCAAGUGAAUAACGAAAAGUCUGAGAGGAAACGUCUGGAGCAGUUAGUCGCUUCCGGAAGUCUACCAGAUGAUGCCAAAGCAACAAUAAAAAUAGUCGAGGACGAAGUAAUUCAAAAGGUUGAGGCGAAACCAACUCCACCCCCACCGCCUCCACCUCCUUUGGCACCACCACCUCCACCUUGUUUAAUGCCCGCGGCACCUCCUCCAAUGAAGGUGGGAAUUGUCAAAAAUGUUCCCCAACCCAGUAAUCCUCUCAAGUCUUUUAAUUGGUCCAAAAUACCGGAGCAAAAAUUACAGGGAACUAUUUGGUCCGAAUUAGAUGAUUCAAAACUCUAUAAUAUCAUGGAUUUGGAAUCGAUUGAUAAAAUUUUCUGCGCAUAUCAAAAGAAUGGUGUAUCAACUGAGGGUUCCAUUGAAGAUUUACGAAAUCUUGGGAAAAAUAAAAAGACAAUGUCAGUUAUUGACUCGCGAAGAGCGCAAAAUUGCACAAUUCUAUUGUCUAAAUUGAAAAUGUCUGAUAACGAAAUUACAAGGACCAUUUUAUCAAUGGAUCAGCAGAAUAUUUUGCAUAUUGAUAUGGUUGAACAAUUGUUAAAAUACAUUCCAUCGUCUGAAGAGGCUGCUCUUUUGGAUAUGAACCAAAAAGAACUGCAGAGCAGAGCCGAUUGCUUCCUUUACCAAAUAUCAAAAGUUCCACAUUACGAGCAAAGGCUAAGAUCGUUGCAUUACAAAAAGAAGUUCUCCGCCAGCAUAUCGGAAUUGACGCCAAGAAUGCGAGCUGUACUUGAAGCGAGUCGACAAGUUGCAAGAUCCCGGAGGCUGAGGAAAAUCUUGGAACUCGUUUUGGCUUUAGGAAAUUAUGUAAAUCGCGGAAAUGCCCGAGGAAACGCUUGUGGCUUCAGAUUAUCUUCCUUGAAUAGAUUAGUUGAUACUAAAUCAUCGUGUUCUAAAGGGACAACUCUACUUCACUAUCUAGUACAAAUGUUGGAGACCAGAUUUAGAGAGGUAUUGGAUAUCGAGGAAGAUAUGCCCCAUGUGAGGACCGCUGCCCGUGUGAGCAUGGCCGAUCUUCAACGAGAAGUAGCUAAUUUGAAAAAUGGCUUGCAAGACGUACAGCGAGAAAUUGAAUUUCAUCGCGGUCAAUCACAAGUACUCCAGGGAGACAUGUUUUUACCAGCAAUGCGCGAUUUUCAAGCUCAAGCUACCUGCAGACUUGCAGAAGCUGAGGAUUUGUUCCAAGACAUGAAAACAAGAUUUGAUAGAGCUGUGAGACUCUUUGGUGAAGAUUCAGCCGGAGUACAACCUGACGAGUUUUUCGGAAUUUUCGAAAAUUUCCUACAAGCCUUGGCCGAGGCUAGACAAGAUGUAGAAAAUAUGCGAAAAAAAGUAGAAGAAGAUGAGCGAAGGUCAAAACAAGAACAAGAGCUAAAAAAACGCACUAUGGAACGAAAAAAUUCACGAGAAGGAAUUCUAAAUAGUAUUUCUAUCAAUAAGAAGAACGAAGCAAAUACAAAUGGCCAAAACGAUAAUAAAGGAGAAUUUGACGAUUUGAUAUCGGCACUACGAACGGGUGAUGUUUUUGGUGAAGAUAUCGCGAAAUUCAAAAGAUCGAAGCGUCGACCUGUUACACCGAGUAGUCAAGAAGUACGUAGACAUAGUGCCCAUAGAGAAGAUUCACGAGAAAGGCACUAAAAACACCAAUUUAACACGAACAUAUUUUUCGUUUCAUCAUUUUUUUUAUAGUGUUUGAAUCUCAUAUUGAAUUACAAUUAACAGUGAUAAUACAUUUGUAGUUUACAUUUAAUUAUCGAAUUGAAAUUUCAAUUCCGUUUAUUUCAUGUAUGAAAUGGAAAAAAUCAUUCUUAGGGAGAAAAAAAGAUUCCAAUUUUGAAAAAAAGUGAAAUGAACUUCUAGUGCCAAGAUAAAGGUUGAAAUUCUUUUUUUUUAUUGAGGUGGAAAUACCUGUUGAUAUUUCGGAACUAUUCCAUAGGCUGUUAAAGAGUAGAUGAACUUGUAUUUUCAUUUUCUGUUUGUAAAGAAAAUGAAUCGAGCACAAAAUGAAAAAAACGAGUUUAUAAAAUAUAGUUGUUAAGCAAAAGACGUAUCACAUUGAAUUUAAAAAGAAAAAAAAAGCUUUGGACUGAAUUUAAUAUUGAAAGAAUAUUAAGAAGCGGAAAGAUAAAGUAGAUGAAGAAAAUAAAAAAAAAUAUUAGAGAUCGAGUGAAUGUUGAAUGACUCUGCGACUAAACGAAUGUAUUGUAGAGAAAAUGCGAACUCUAGUUAUUGCUCGUAAAUUUUAGAUUUAUGUAUAGAAAAAAACAUUUAAGAAAUAAUUCGUAUUGUUUUUACAAGAGAGAAAAAUUAUAAAUUCGUGGGAACAAGAGAGACUAUACAAUUAAAAAAACACAAUUCAAAUUAGUGAGAAUUUUUCUCCAAAUCGAGAAUUCAAUCACGUGAUAAUUUAAUUUUUGUAUAUAUAGUCAUUAUGUACCUUUAUACAAUAUCAGUAAGAAACUACGCAAAAUUCAUUUAAAAUCUAUUCAUCAUUUAAAUAUUUUGAAAAUUAAGAAUAGUUUUACGUUCAGAAAAAUUGCUAUUGACAAAAAAAACAAUAGGUACAAAACUAAAAAAAAAUUGUCUUGAUGAUAAUGAAGAAUAAUUUGUCGCGAUAAAAAAAACCAACAUUCGAAUAAUUGAUUCCUAUAUCAAUUUAGUUAUAUAAUUGUUAUUUGAUAGCGAAAGUUCAACAGAAACAAAUAAUCAAAAAUGGCCUAUAAUUGAUAUUUUUAACAAUUGAUACAAUUGUCAAUUUAAGUCUGAUUUUGUAUUCUUUUAUACGCGGGGUUGGUGUAUAAAAUUUGAAAACUGAGACUUCUUGCAGAAUUAUUAUAAUACAAAUUUCCGAAAUUUUUAUCAUUAUAUAUAUAUAUUAUAAAUAUAGGUGUAGAGAGACUUCUAUAAUCACUGUAAAGAAGUCCAUGUUUUGUAUUUAAAGUUUUGUACUUUUGUAAAUAUUCGAUAUAUUUAUAUAGUUACGUCAUUCUGAUAAAUUCUUUAAUUGGAAUGUAUAAUCGAUUAAUAUAUUCCUGAACAAUUGCUAUCAUAUGUAUAAUUAAUAUAUAAAAAAUAUAUGUACGACAAAUCAAAA